GCUGGCCGCGUGCUGCGCGCGCAGGCGGCGGGAAGUUCCUUCUAGUAGUCGCUGCCUUGGCUCGGAGGCGAGAGGAGCUCUUGCUCUUUUCUCCGUGUGGGGGGGAAGAGGAGGAAGGCGGCCUAGCGACCGGCCGGGAAGGGAAAGGAGAGGCGAUGCGGCUGCCCUGCGAGGUGUCGGUAUCGAGCCGCCUGCUGCCUUCGGCCGGCUUGACGGGCCCCGGGCGCCCCGUCCGGGCGGUGCUCUCCCUGGGGAAGCCGCCCGGAGGAGGAGGAGGCGGCGGCGUCUGGCUCCUGGUCAGCACCGCCCGCCACCGCCCCGGCGCCAAGUACCAGCUGAGAGAGAAUGUGGAACAGGUUUUUGCCAAGUUUGUGGAGGAAGGAAAAGCCACUGUGAGGCUGAAGGAGCCGGCAGUCGACGUCCGUCUCAGCAAGGCAAAUGUCAGCCAGCUGAAGACUUUCCUUUCUGCAGUGAAGCUGGCUCACCGAGGCACCGGUGAAGAAAAUUUACCACUCUCCGCUUUAAUUCCACCGAAAGCUUCUGAAGUUGAGAAACCAAAGUCUAAAAUGACCAUACUGUCGAAGAAGGAUUAUCCUUUAACUCAGAACUUCCCAUAUACGCUGGAGCAUCUCCAAGCCUCCUACUGCAAAUUAGCCCAUGUGGAUAUGCGUAUGCUUUGUCUGAAAAGCCUCCGGAAACUGGACCUGAGCCACAAUCGGAUUAAAAAGCUGCCAGCAACUGUGGGAGACCUUGCGUAUCUUCAGGAGCUCAAUCUUCAGGACAAUCAGCUGGAGUCCUUCAGCGUGGCUCUGUGUAACUCCAGUCUCCGAAAGUCACUCCAGUCUCUGGAUCUCAGUCAGAAUAAAAUGGCAGUGCUUCCAGCCCAGUUUUGCCAGUUGCGGGAACUGACUCACCUCAAGUUAGAUGACAACAAUCUACUUAGGCUGCCGUUCCAGAUCGGUCAACUGAGUCAACUCCGUUCCCUGUCCGUAGCUCGUAAUAAGCUCCCGUUUUUGCCCAGUGGUUUUGGAAAGCUUUCUCUCGAGUUCCUAGAUUUAUUUGGCAAUCCUUUUCAGCAGCCUAUGCCCCUUGUUCCUGACAUGCAGCUGAAAAUACCCUUGACUUUAUUAGAAUAUUCUGCAAGAACAGUAAUCAAUUCCAGGAUCCCAUAUGACUCCCACAUUCUUCCUUUUCACCUCUGCGAUGAUUUGGACAUGGCGAAGACCUGCCAGUGUGGGCACGCCUGCUUGAGCAGCUUCAUUCAGACAACUGUGACUGUGAAUCUACACAGUGUGUCACAUACAGUUGUCCUGAUGGAUAGCAGGGGGGGCACAGAGGCCCCCAUCCUCCGCUACUUCUGCUCUCUGACCUGCUACUCCCAGUUUCUGGACAGACAUCUGCAAAGCAUACGGUGACCUUCCGUGGGAGUGCAGAAACCUGGGGUGUUUGGAGGUUGCGUGCACCCACUCCCAGGCCUUCAAAGCAGCUUGGCAGGCACCUGACACUCCCCCUUCAAUGCCGCUGGACAAUUCCCUACCUCUGAGAUGUCCUGCAGAUGGCUGAUGAAGAGGUGGCUCUCUGCUCCCUUGUGGCAAAGAACGGGUUAUAACAUGCCCAUAUGAACCAGCAGCACCAUCUCUGGCCUUCUCGUCCUGGAAGGUCCUAGGCCCCUGGCUGCAGCAAAUACCACGGGCCGUCUGAGAAGCUGUGUUCAGCCACAAAAGAUAAAGCAGCUGCUGAGGUUAAGAGUUUCGAAAGACAGCUGCACUACCUUCUCGGCAAGACUGUCUACUGAACUCAAAAAGUUUUGAAAGACAAGCGCUGCUGUUGGCACGCAGAUCUGCAAGCACGUCCCUCACAUUUCCUUUUUCAUCAUCUAGAAAGAGGAAGGAAAACUAGCUUGGUUUUUCGACACCACACGGCUUGCUUUGGAAGAGACUAGCUGCCGGUUCAGCGAAGCUUGCCUGCCCGAGGCGAUUUGCCUGCCUGAAUUUGGGAGUCUUUGAAUUCCGUUCUUGAGGACAAGCAUUUGUUUCCUCGUCCCCACUAUGUCUUGAUGCUUUGAUUGGGAGCUGCUGGGACACUCUUUAAAGCUGACACCCUAAGAAGAGCUGCCUCUUCUGCUCCAGAAUAGAGACUGGUCCUCCUCUAUUUUUUUUAAAAAAUUACCUUUUCUAGGGCAACGAAACAGGGGAACAAGAAAGAUACACUCUCUCGAUGGCAGAGAUAUAGUCUAAAAAUCUCCAGGAAGUUUUGGCAGCAUUGAACAGUUCCUUGUGCGUAUGGUGCUCACUCUGGACACAGCAUUUUUAAGUACAGAUGUUUGUGCUAUUUUAAAAGCUUUAUUAAAAGAAAGUUUGUGA